GAUAACUUCUUUCCGACCAUAGACAGCAAUGAGUCAGCGAGCUGGCUAUAAUGGAGAAGAAAGAUUGUUCUGGCAAAACUUGAGGAUUACUCGGAGUGAAGAUGGUGUUUCCUUCUGCGGCACCUGUUUACAUACCAAGAUGCAUGCUUUUGCAGUCCCAUACCGAUCAUUAUCUUCAGGCUUGUGAGCAUGACAAAGGUUAUAGAAGUCAACAGGAAUACCCAGAAGAGUCUCCAAGGGAGUGGGCUGUAAGGAAGAUGAGCUGCAUAUACUGGAGUGAGCACCCGGAUGACCUGCAAAAAACAGCUUAAUGCUCUUAACCCAACCGGCAACCAAGACAAACUGUUCCAUUUGUUGAAGAAUAUGAGCAACACUCAAUUGUAAACAUAGUAGGAGGGGAAACUUCUAGCAGGACUUACUACGCAUGCUGGUGCCAGCGGUAUAAAAGUGAGGAUUUUCUUUUUGUCCCCAGAUUGAAUAUUUAGAGUCUGCAAGCAAACGACAUGGAUUGAGC